AAAGAGCUGGGGUGUUAGGCCUCGCCGCGAACCGAGGCUGCGGGCUGCUGGGCGGUUCCGCGAGGCGGUUUCCAAAGAGCUGCGGGAACCAGGCACCCGGAGUUCACGCACAGUCCAGGAGGUGCUGAGCGAGUGGGCCGGCAGAGUAGCGGCCAGGAGACCCACGGGCCGGGACCAUGGGCUGCUUCUUCUCCAAGAGGCGGAAUUCUGAGAAAGAGUCGCAGCCCAAGGGCGAGGAGGAACACCCGAAGCAGUACAGCUGGGACCAGCGCGAGAAGGUUGAUCCAAAAGACUACAUGUUCAGUGGACUGAAGAAUGAAACAGUGGGUCGCUUACCUGGGAAGGUGGCAGGACAACAAUUUCUCAUUCAAGACUGUGAGAACUGUAACAUCUAUAUUUUUGAUCACUCUGCUACGGUUACCAUUGAUGACUGUACUAACUGCAUCAUUUUUCUGGGACCCGUGAAAGGCAGUGUGUUUUUUCGCAAUUGUGGAGAUUGCAAGUGCUCACUAGCCUGCCAACAGUUUCGUGUGCGGGACUGUAGAAAGCUGGAAGUCUUUUUGUGCUGUGCCACUCAACCCAUUAUUGAGUCUUCCACAAAUAUCAAGUUUGGCUGUUUUCAAUGGUACUACCCUGAAUUAGCUUUCCAGUUCAAAGAUGCAGGGCUAAGUAUCUUCAAUAAUAACUGGAGUAAUAUCCAUGACUUUACACCUGUGUCAGGAGAACUCAACUGGAGCCUUCUUCCAGAAAAUGCUGUUAUUCACAACCAUGUUCCUCUACCUACUACCCAAGAGCUCAAAGCUGUCCGCAUUUCCACAGAAGCCAAUAGAAGUAUCGUUCCUGUAACCCAGGGUCAGAGACAGAAGAGCAGUGAUGAAUCAUGCUUAGUGGUAUUAUUUGCUGGUGAUUAUACUAUUGCAAAUGCCAUUAAACUAAUUGAUGAGAUGGUUCGUUCAGGCUUUUUCCUGAUUCAGACAAAGGAAGUAUCAAUGAAAGCUGAGGAUGCUCAAAGGGUUUUUCAGGAAAGAGCACCUGAAUUCCUUCAUCUUCUGAACAAAGGUCCUGUUAUUGCCUUGGAGUUUAAUGGAGAUGGUGUUGUAGAAGAAUGUCAAAUUGUUGUCAACAAGAUAUUCGGGGAGACCAAGACGUUUGUAUCACAAAACAAGGAGAUAGCAUCUAGAGAUAUAGACAGCUUCUACAACUUUGCUGAUAUACAGAUGGGGAUAUGAAGUGCAUCGUGGAACCAAGGACUUGGUUUUAAAGCCCUUUUCAAUUUGUGUAUUAGCAAUGGCUUUUACUAAGGCUAAAACUGUUCAUGCUGAUUCUUCAAUAAAUUGUUGAAUACUGUCUCACUUAUUUGAGGUUCAAAAAUAGUUCAUUUUAAGUUAAGUAGUUUUAAUCAGCUUAAAAACUAUUUAACCCACUUUGAUAAACUUGCAGUUUUGAUUCUCUGCAUAUGAUACUGUAAUUAGAAAAUAUAAGUGGCUGAUAGUUCAUGAUUUUAAUCCUAAUUAAACAUUCUUUCAAAUCUCUAAUAAUUUAAACUUUCCUCAGUGCUCCAUGGUAUUUGUUUGAGAAUACAUUCCAUUGCUUAUUUUUUUAAUUUAGAAGGAUAUGUUACUAGUUGAUCAAUUAGAAUGAAUCUGUGUGCAUUUUUUUCAUGUAUACAUAUCCAGUUAAAUAAUUGCUUCCUAGUUGCAUAAUAUGGCAAAUGAGAUUUUGUACACAGACUUGAAAUAAUACUUUAUAAAUCGAAUUUUUAAAUUAAUAGGUAUUUGAUAACUGGUUUUGCAAGUAACUCUACUAACUGAUGUUGGUAUAGCUGUGUAAAGACUACUUUGUGAGUAGUAUGAUUAUUUGAAUAAUUUCCACUCUGUUUUUAAUAGAACUGCUAGAUGACUCUUCUGCUUCCUGGUAAGAAAAGGUAUAAGCAACACUAAAACUUUAGGAGCCCAAUCACCAGCAGUUUUCAAAAAAAUAAUUACUGUCAGUUCUUGUGAGAUAUUAGAAGAAUUAGAAUAAAACCUUAUGAUAUUUAGGUAAGAAAAACUUAGUCAUGAUGAUAAGCUGUGCAAAUUAAAAAGCUAGAUAAAUUUGAUUUUCUUUAGAUAUGCCACUCAUAUCAAGUAAUGUUCAAGCAUGAUAAAAAUUAUUUUGUUUGCCAUUAUUUUCCAAAUCAACCUACCAUAAUAAAUUACCAGGAAGCAGGGGACAGCUGCUUGUUUAAAAGUCCAAUUCCUGAACCCAGUCCCCAGAUGCACCAAUUCAGUCUCCAGGGAAAACUCUGUUCUAAGGGGUUUGUUGUAAUCUUCAGUAAUCAGUUCAGAAGAUGUUGAGAGGUUGAUCUUGUGUAAAGUGACUGAAACUACCAUCUGCAUCUCAUAUAGCAGCUAAUAGGAAAUGAGCUUUUAUAGGUCUAUUUUUUAAAAGAAACUUAAUUCUAUUUCUAUUUUGAUAAAACUAAAACUGAAAAUAGCCACUUGUAAAAAUCCUCUUAUGAUUGUUACUAAAAUGUAUUUUCAUGUUUAAACUUUUUUGGAUAUUUUCGUAUUAAUUUAUAACUACUACAUUGAAUUGUGUGUUAUAUCCAGAAAUAAUACAUUAAAAGCCUUUUCACUUGAAAUUAGUAAUAUUGACCACUUACCCUGUGUCUGGCCUUCUGCUAACAUUAACACUGCAUUAUUUAAAUCUUUUAAAACAAUAUUCUACAUAUACUACAUAAUCAACUUCUCCUUUAAAUCAAAAUGAUUUCAUAAGAUGCAAAUAAAAAUUAGUGACAGGUUUGAUCUAAUUUUGAUCAUAAUUUACAAAUGAGCUUUGCAAGUAGUGAUCAGAGGGCAUUAAUUCUCCCUUAGUUAAGCUAAAUUAAACAUGUUACUUCUACUCAUGAUUACAUUAUUAAGCCCCAUUAUUCACACUUAAUCAAAGUACUUCUUGUUUUUCAAAAAUAUAAUACAAUGGUAUGCAAAGCUGCAAAUUAAGUUCGUUAUUUUAUUCAUGGUAUUUUGGUAAAAACUCAGGAAUAUAACAUAUAAGGAAGAUGUUAAUUUAAAAUUUCCACUAAAUUUGGUAUCUAUUAACCAAAGCCUAAAAUUUUAUAUUCUUCAGUUAGAUAAGAGCUUCUACCCAAGUCUAAUUUGUCUUUAAGGACAGUCAUUUGGCUUCCGAAUGUUUGAAAAGAUUUGUAAAAAUAAGUAGUGCUAUAGUUGUUGUUUUUAUAAUUCUAAGCUUUGAUAGCAGUUAAGAGUACAGUAUACUACAUUUCCUUUCUG